AUGUCAAACACCGUCAAACCACGAUUUGAGGUUAUGUAUUCCAAAAUAAAAAUAUUAUAAAGAAUCACAAAACAACGAUGUUACAUGUUUUGUAACAAAAUUAAUGUAGCUACCAAGUAAUAAUAAUAUGUAGUAUGUUGUGUAAGUGUUUGUAAGUAAAAUUUUUUGAGAAAUGGCAGGCCGAGGCUUAUCUAAAAAGGAACUCGAAGAGCUUCGAAAGAAGGAAGAAGAGGAGGCAGCGGCCCAUGUUUUCAAAGAAUUUGUGGAAACUUUCCAAGAUGUACCCAGCACUACUUCUAAAGUCUGGGUCAAAGCAGGCACAUAUGACGCAGGAGCUAGGAAGGAAGAUACCUCAGAGAAGGGGAAACUAUACAAGCCCGUCUCCCGGCUAGACGAGAAGAGAACAGUCACUGAGGCAGAAAUUGUGAGGACUCUAGCCAGUCCCAGACAUGAGCCCCCCGGCCGACCUAGGAACAAAAAGAGUGGAGAUAAGAAGAAAAGUAAUUUAGAACUCUUUAAAGAGGAAUUGAGACAAAUACAAGAAGAACGUUCUGAGCGUCACAAGUACAAGAAUGUUUUGCGGGACAAGGGCAUGCCGGUGGAGCCCGCUCUGGACAUGCUGCCAGACGUGGGCUCCUACGACACCGGUGACCCCAACACCACCAACUUGUAUCUCGGCAAUCUUAACCCCAAGAUAACAGAGCAGCAGCUGAUGGAGAUAUUCGGUCGGUACGGGCCGCUCGCCAGCAUCAAGAUCAUGUGGCCGCGCUCGGACGAGGAAAAGGCGCGCGGCCGGAACUGCGGCUUCGUCGCCUUCAUGUCGCGCAAGGACGGCGAGCGCGCGCUCCGGAACAUCAACGGCAAGGAGAUAAUGAACUACGAGAUGAAGCUGGGCUGGGGCAAGGCGGUGGUGAUCCCGCCCGUGCCCAUCUACAUCCCGCCCGUCCUGCAGCAGCCCUGCCGCCCGCCGCCGCCUUCCGGCUUGCCCUUCAACGCGCAACCGCCCAAGCACCUCGCUGACAAGAUUCCCCGCGUGCGGCCCGGAGACCACUACCCCAGCGACCCGGAAGACAAGGAGAAGUAUGAACAGAUCCUCGCUCAAUCUAUUGUGAAAGUGGUGGUUCCUACAGAAAGAAACAUCCUAAUGCUGAUCCACCGCAUGGUGGAGUUCGUGAUCCGCGAGGGGCCGAUGUUCGAGGCGAUCAUCAUGAACAAGGAGCUCAACAACCCCUACUUCCGGUUCCUGUUCGAGAACCAGUCGCCCGCCCACGUCUACUACCGCUGGAAGCUGUACUCCAUGCUGCAGGGCGACUCGCCCAAGCUCUGGAGCCUCGACGACUUCCGGAUGUUUAAAGGCGGGUCGGUGUGGCGGCCGCCGGUGCUGAACAUGUAUACGGCGGGCAUGCCCGACGACCUGCUGGACGACGAGCCCGCCGACAACAUCCGCGGGACGCUCUCCAACAAUCAGCGCGACCGGCUGGAGGAGCUGGUGCGCGGUCUGACGGCGUCGCGGCGCGCGGUGGGCGAGGCCAUGGCGUGGUGUCUCGAGCACGCGGAGGCGGCGGGCGAGGUGGCGGCCUGCGUCGCGGAGUCGCUCGCGCAGCCGCACACGCGCCCGCAGCGCCGCGUCGCGCGACUCUACCUGCUGUCCGACGUGCUGCACAACGCCGGCGCCAAGCUCACCAACGCCAGUGCAUACCGCGCCGCGUUCCAGUCGCGGCUGGUGGACAUAAUGCGUCACAUGCAUGCGGCGUGGGCGGCGCUGGAGGGGCGGAGCGCGCGGGAGGGGUUCCGCACGCGUGUCACCCGCGUGCUGCAGGCCUGGGCCGACUGGGCCGUCUACCCCACUGACUUCCUAGUUCACAUCAAUGACGUCUUCCUGGGAUUGGACAAGGAGGGCGGUGCUGGGGGUGCGGAGGGCGAGGCGGCGGGGGCGGCGUCGCCGACGGGGUCCGCGGGCUCGGCGGAGUCGGGCGGGUCGGGGCCGCUGGACGGCGCGGCGCUGCGCCGCCUGGCCGAGCUGCGUCCGCGCCUGCCCGACCCGUUGCCGGAUAUAGAUGGCGUGCCCGUGGAGGAGGACAUCGACGGCGUGCCGCUGGAGGCGGAGUGCGGGGCGGGGGCGGGGGCGGGCGAGGGGGCGGGGCCGGGGGCUGCGGGCUUCGUCCCGUCGCGCUGGGAGAGCGUCGAGCCCGCCGACGAGCGCCGCUCGCCCGAGCUCGAAGCGCCCACCACGCCGCUGACACCGCACAGUGCGGGGGCAGAGUCGCCGCUGCGGGGUGGGGCGGGGGCGGCGUCGGGGGCGGGGCGCGGCGAGGAGGCGGUGCUGCGGCGCGAGACGCUGCGCGAGAUCGAGGUGCGCGUGCUCAAGUACGGCGACGAGCUGGAGGGGGGGCUGCGGCCGCGACGCGCGCGCCUGCCCAUCGCCGCGCAGGUGCAGCACUACAGGCGGAAACUCAUUAAGAAGGCGAUCCGCGAGGCGAAGGAGGAGGCGGCCGGGGGUGGGGCCGGGGGGGCGCGCUCGCCCGAAGACGACACCUCCACCACCAGCAAGAAGUCGAAGAAGUCGCGCGAGCCCACGCUGUCGCCGCCGCCCAAGCGCUCGCGACACAGUGAGCGUAAGAGUAGAUCGCGGUCGCGGUCGCGCGAAAGGGAUCGCGACAGAUCGCGCGACCACGAGCGAGACAGAGACAGGGAUAGAGAGCGCGAGCGGGAGCGGGACAGAGAUAGGGGGCGGGACCGGGACAGACGACGCUCGCCCGCCACGCCGCCGCACGCGCGCAAACACAAGCACGCCAAAUACAAAUACUGAAUAAAUCAUCACUGAAUAUAA